CUCAGAUGAUCUUGCUGAGAAGAAAGAAAUAAGUCUUCACGUAUUGUAUAUGCCAUCAAAUUUCCUAAGCACUUCAAAUUACAAGUUCUAGGGUUUUCGGGGGUUUUUUUGACUGCAUUGACAUAAAUGCAUUCUUCUUUCCUGUGUCUUCUUGCCUUCAGGUUAUCUUUUAGGUUGUGCACUUGCAGAUCACUGUUUCCAUACAGAUGUUGGGGCCUGCCAUGUGACACCAGCAGUCCUUCUAUAGCACUUAUGAGGACAGAACCCUCCAAGUUUUAUUGGUCACCCUCCUGUGUUUCCCUCCCAGCCUAAUGAGAAUGAAUGAUGUAGGCUGUCUGUGGAGGGAAGGAUUUUUGAAGCAGCUAAUAUUAGCAUUUUUAGUUUCAUUUUGGAAUAGAUAAGCAGGAAAUAGUUGUUAGUCGAUAAUUAUUCUAAGAUCGGGCGGGGUGAAUGUCUGGGGGGAGCUUUGAGGACCAAUUUUACAUGAGCACAGCAGGAUUAUUAUUUUCUCCUAUUCUGGAUUUGAAAUUCCAAGCUACUUCUUACAGUCAUGCAACAGAACAUGGAAUGCUAAAGCUCUAGCUUUGUGUGCUUGCCCAACACGCUCAAGGGCACAGCUCAAGCCUUGAAAUUCAAGUUGUAAGUGAGCUACUUUUGGAUAAAAGGCAUUUAAGGCAUGUUUGAAGUUCAGUGUCAUUUAAUUUCUCCAUGUAGGCCUUGGACUGCUGAGAGGGAUUCAUCUAAUUGGAAAGGAUUACAUCAGAGCUAAUUGUCCUGAGCUCCCAUUAUAAUUUGGAGAGAUCCACGCAGUGCAGUGUAAGAAGUGAUCCAUGUCACCCUAAAGAAGAUGUUUAAAGAAGGCCAGAUAGAUUGCUUCCUCCAAUUGCUUGUUUCUUUUCACUGACAAUAAAUGGAGUCCACAGAGACUAACUGAAUUCUAAAUAUCAGCAUGCUAAAAGGCCACAUCCCCCAUCUGCUUUGCAACUCCCUCAGCGAUCUCCAAAUAGUUUUGUCUGCCUAGGAGAACUUUUUUUGGAGAAUCCACUUGGGCCUCCUCAUUCUGCCUCACAGUAUGGGCUAGCUGUUAGUCUAUCUAAUCUCCUUCCACUCAGUUUCUUAAUUAAGGUAUGUUCUCCCCUGUAAACACUCUCGUCUUGAUAAUGAACAGACAUAAUGAAUAUAAGUCCUUUUGUCUCUUUAGCAAAUGUUGAAUAUCAGCAUUUCUCUCUUUGCUCAGUUUUAUUAACAAACAUGUUAGAAAAACAAUGGCCCAGCACCGUUCUUCACGUCAUACUAAUUCUUUACUAUCUACAGGCCUUGCAGCAUACUGGGUGCUUGAAUACUGUGCUUACAGCUAGACUAUAAAGCAGAGAGAGAGGAAAGGCCAAAGAAUCUCCCCUGUUUAGGGAGAACAGCCAAAUCCAUAGAAAUCAGGUCUCCGUCUCUCAAUGGACAGGCUGCAUGUGUUCCUAGCCAGCGAUCCAUCCCCAGUAGCUGUCCUGUGCCUUGUGUUGUGUCCAUUGCAUGUAUUCCACAAUCCCCAAUAUUUUACCCAUGUGGAUCCUCGCAGGCUUUACAAGGACCCUUAAGGAUUGAACCCAAAGUGACUGAGAUUCGACACACAGUGUCUGUUCCGACAUUCACCCUUAGAGUUCCCCCGCCAUCUGUCUUCCUCAGUGGACCAAAGGGUUUUCCUUCUUUUGUACCACAUCCCUUUUGCAUGGCUGCUUUCUUUGCUGUAAUGGCUCCCCAGCUUCAGAGGAGUUGAUGGAAUCUUAAGUCUACCUUUCAUGAAGCUCCAGUACCUUCCUGUGCCAUUUUUGUCCAUUUUCGAGAGGCAGAAGACUGGCUAGGAGAGAAAUAGUUGUCUGGCAGGAUUUACACAUGUAUGCACCAAGCCUUACUCUUGAUAUUCUCAACUCUGGGGAGAGUGAGAACUGUCUAGAGAUCAGAGGUGGAAGGGGCAGGAGGAGGACAAGGAAUGGGGAAUCUUCAACAAAUAUUGUCACAGAGAGUUUUCACUUCCAUGUUUACAAGGGAGCCAAGAUCAUCCUCUUCCCGCUGUGCAUACCUAGAACCAGUUGCUAUUUCCUUCUAAUUCACAUGACAUACAUCUCAGUCUUCUGCAUCUUCCUGUAAUUCUUGUUAGACCUUGGUGUUUUCUUUCCCUGCUACAUCCUCUCCUGUCUCUCUACAAAGAAAGGCUUGUCUUUCGUUGUGUCUGCUCUGAGUCCCAUAUAAUGGGUAUACCCAUAUAAUGAGUAUGUUACAUUCUCUCCUAUGCAUGCAGUGAGAACACACAAAAAAGCAAGUCCUGACCAGUUACUGGGCUUAGUGUGGGAAUUACUGGGUAAUUCAACAGUCUGCAUCACUUCACGGUUUUGAGGUUUUGCCUGUAAACUAGGGAGAAAAACAAAGUAGCUGAUGUAUGUGCCAAAUAAGGUGUUCAAAUUUCCUCGAGAAGUUACACCUUUUUAUUACUUCAGCUUGACUCCCAGCAUAUGAAAGCACUGCUUUAACAUAAUGCCAUUCAUAUGAGGAGGCACUAGCAAUCAUGAGAAUGGCCACAGAAAUUAGGUGAAGUAGAGCUUACUUGCUAAGAAAUUGAGAAUUGAACAAUAGUCUUGAGGAAAAGCUGACUGUUUUGCACAGUGCACAUUCAGGUUUCUAACAGGGGUGGAUUUCGUUAGACCGUAUCCCCUCACCCCUGGUGCUCCUACUCCUACUAAUUUUCGACACACAGAAAAGGCAACGAAUUCCUCAUCCAUGACUCCUGCUUGCUCAGUAACUUUCUCUGUGGCCCCCCCUCUCAAGUAAAAAGCACUUUGUAGCAGAACUGAACUGGGAGUGUGAAUCUUUCUGGGAUUUAGGACUGCAGUAAGUGGAGGAGGCUCCCACGUUUGAAUUAAUGAUUCUUCCUGUGGGAAGUGGAUAGACUGACAAAACUGCAGAUCCUUCCUUAGCUGGAAAUGGAUAUGUAAACUUCUAAGAGGGACAUGACUGUUCAAGCAGAGAUUUUUUAGUUGAUUAAUCAUCCCAAAGAAGAAUAUGAAUUUGAACUGGGCUGCACUCAAAUGCACCUAUAUAAACCAUGCUAUAGCUAAUUGUUAUAAUACUUCAAUUUAAAGAUGCUGAAUUAGUUGAAAGCAAUUGAGUACUUCAGCUCUAUGUUUAUGCAAAGAUGAGAGUAAAUGGUUAAUACAAUAAUAUGGGUGAAAUUGUAAAUACAUAUAAAUUUGGAAUUCUAAGUAUAGGGUGAUGGUUACAUCCUGUUAAGAUAGAGUUAAAAUCCUUCUGCAGACAGCCACACCUGGUUCUGGCUAAAUAAGUGCCUUUGAAUUUAGGGCUUAUUCAAACACAGGGAAACAGUUCAAAAUAAGUCAGCAAGCAAGUGCUAAGUUUCUGGGCAAUACAGUUUUUUUCCUGUGCUAGUCAGCAGCUUCCACUGAAAAAUUGUAUUUAAAACAAUUCCAGAGUCUCAGGAGAGUGUCAGAGAAGAACGGGAGCUUCCAGGCAUGUCCAGAGGACAAGCCAGGGGAAAUUAUGCUGUCAUUCUUGAUCAGGUUACAGUUUCUGAGCACCUUCGAGCUUGUGAUGAGUAAAUCUGUAUCAAGGCUACUGCUUUUCCAGGAUGACUCCGUUUCUUUGUGUUUGCACACUAAGGACUGUUUUCAGGUUAGCACAAAUGAAAUUAAUGUGAAGACCAGAAGGUGUCCUUCCGGUGUUGGCAUGUGAUGUGACCAGGAGGAGGGCCAAGCCCGCCCCAAAGCAGCUCUUGGCAUAGGCAGGCGUUCUGCUCUGAGUCACCCUUGGGAAUCCUGAAUGACAGGAACUGGGUGGAACUAAGUUAAACUCUCCACGUCAAAAUCAUCCUGCUUGUACAGUCUGUUACACAGCAGCCCCGGCUCAGCAACAGGGAUAAUUUUGCUGAAGAAGACAAACUUUCAAACUGGGGGAGCCUAGAUAGAGCACGUCUCACAGAUAGACCUCAAAGGGCUUGGCAAUUGAGAUAAGAGCGACCUGAAGAUGAAACUCUCUGCCACCUAUGAGCUGUUAGUGGAUGGUGUUGGGCCAUGGGACUUCACUGGAGGCUUUGUUCCUUGUGAGCUGCUGCUUACUGGAAAAGAUGCCUACCCUGUGCUUGUGAGCUCUCAGAAACAAGUUCUGAUUGCUGUUUCACAGUAUGGGAAGGGGCGGAUGGUGGUUGUUUCUCAUGAGGAAAUCUUGAAGGACUCCAGGUUUUCCCAGUUUCUCAGAAAUGCUGUGGACUGGCUCAAGCCCUCCCCUGGGGCCCUGGUUGGGGUCCAUCAUCAUUUGGAUUCUCUCUCCCAGCUGCUUCUCAGGGCUGGCACCAAAGUACAGGCUGGGGCAGAGCUCAGCACCGCUCUGGGGGUGUACUGUAUGGAUGCCUAUGACAGUACUCAUGCAAAGAACCUGAUUCACUUUGUAAAGGAAGGUGGGGGCCUGCUCAUUGGAGGCCAGGCCUGGUACUGGGCUAGUCAACAUGGCAAGGAGAAGGUGCUGUUUGAAUUUCCUGGGAACCAGGUGACCAGUGUGGCUGGUGUGUACUUCACGGGAAACGCUGUGGAAAAGGGGAUCUUCAAAGUUGCGAAGAAGAUACCAAAGAUUCCCUUACUUGUCCCACAUCAUGCCAAUCUCAGCCUUGACGCUGAGUUUCUCCUGCAUGGUGUGUCAGAGCUGGAUGUUGUGACAGGGGGCGUGCCCUCCGUCUUGCUGGUGCAUGGUAUACUCUCCUUCCCACUCUGCUUGGACAGCUCGCACCGCUGCCUCUUAGCUGCAGCACGCUAUGGCAAAGGGCGUGUUGUGGUGGCAACUCAUGAGAGUCAGCUGUUCUCCCCAAAGCUGGCUGGAUUCCUGCUCAAUGUUGUCCAGUGGCUGGAUGCUGGGAAGAAGGGGCUGGUGGGUGUGGAUGUCAGCCUGAAGAGACUGUGUAACCUGUUCUCUCAAGGAGAGGUGAAGUUCCAGGUGUCACACCUGACAAGCGAUAUGAGUGUGUACUGCUGUCCUUCUUACAGCGACAGAGAGGUGGAGAAGAUUCAUGCUUUUGUGGCAGAGGGAGGCGGCCUGCUGACUGGAGGUCAGGCCUGGUACUGGGCUUCCCAGAACCACAGCAAAGCUGCUGUGGCAGAAUAUCCUGGCAACAAAAUCCUCAACCACUUUGGGCUCAGCAUUCUGGGUCUGAAUGUCCAGGCAGCUAAAUACCCAGCUGUGGUGCUUGGGGAGCACUACCACUUCCGCAAGGCUCUCUCUCUUUUCCAAAGGCAUAUAGACAAGAAUGAGGAGCUCAAAGCUCCCUUGAAGGACUGGCUGCAAAGACUGACUCAAGACUGUGCUGCCUUUCUGCGCAUCCCAGCCGAAGACUGCCCUGCAUAUGCCUCGCUCCACCGCAUCCUCACCAAAGUGCUACGCAGAAGUGGGAUCCCACAUGUCAGCAGGCACUGCCCUGUCCAGAGCAACUCCAAAGAGGCAGCCCUUCUCUGCAUGGCAACUGAACUGUCCCGUGCCAUGAUGGACUGUGCAACCUUAGUGCAGAAACCCAUCAGUAGGGCCUGUGACCUCCCUGUUACUGUGGAAAUUGAUGGCACAAACCCAGGCAAGACAGCCUGGAGGAGUACGGGACUCUAUCUCCCUGAAGGACACAUGGCAGUUAUAACAUUCCCUUGCAUGGCAGUUGGUGCUGGUCUGCAGGUGCAGAUUGGAUGUCAUGCAGAUGACCUCUCUCAUGCCACAGAGCUGAAACGUGCCCCAGUGGUGAUACGCACCUGUGAUAUUAUCUGCCAGAAACAGUCUGUUUCCUGCCUGUGGGGUGGCCUGAUUUACAUCACAGUACCAGGAAAGAGUGUCCUGGGGAAAGUGUCCAUCACUGUAGAAGGGGCAGUCAGAGCUCCUUUCUUCAAGCUUGGGGAGACCUGUGAAAGCCAGUGGCAGGCCUGUAUCCGGCAUUACCCUGCUCCCUGGGCAGAAUUAGCUGUUGAGAAUCUUAUCCUGACGGUACCAGCUGACAGCAUUCGCCAUAUACAGAACCCGAAGCCACUGCUUAGCCUGUGGGACGAGAUUAUGGUGGCAAUAAGCACGUUGGCGGCCAUACCAACAAAAUUCUCAAGGCCGGAGAGGAUUGUAACAGAUGUCCAGAUCUCAUGUGGCUGGAUGCAUGCUGGCUACCCCAUCAUGGGCCACCUAGAUUCAGUGAAGGAGAUGGUUGACAUGAAGCACAUGCAAACCACUGGUCUUUGGGGUCCUGUCCAUGAGCUGGGACACAAUCAACAGCAGCAAGCAUGGGAAUUUUCCCCUCAUACUACAGAAGCUACCUGCAACCUCUGGUCUGUCUAUGUGCAUGAGAAGGUGCUGGGGAUUCCCAGGCAUCAGGCCCAUAAGGCGCUUAGGUCACAAUGUCGGGCGGAAAGGGUAAGAGGGUAUCUGAAAAAAGGUGCUCAUCUAAAGGACUGGGAAAUGUGGACUGCCCUGGAGACAUACCUGCAGGUAACUCUGGGAGAGUUGCAGGAGGGCUUUGGUUGGGAGCCCUUCACCCACCUCUUCUCUGACUACCAGAAAAUGUCCACCAUCCCAAAGGACAACCCUUCUAAGAUGAACUUGUGGGCACAGAAGUUUUCUCAGCAGGUGAACAGGAACCUGGCUCCUUUUUUUAUGGCCUGGGGAUGGCCUAUCAAGGAAGAGCUAUCCAUGGAACUGUCCUCUUUACCCAUCUGGGAACAGGACCCAAUGAAGUCCUAUAGAUCAUGAAGGAAACACAUCCAGAUCUUGAUUCUCAGAACUAGCUACAGCCUAUCAUUUUCUCCUUGUAUGCUGCAUGAUAUGUUCACAUUGUAUUUAGCUUUGCACUGAAUUCUUCAGCUUUUUGCUGUCUUAGGAUGGAAGCCAAACCUGGCAGAAACUCAGCAGAAGCCUGUGUGCUGCUCAGCUCCCAUCUAAGCCAUCUUCAGAAGAGUUAAAUAAUGAAUGAGCCUUGUGCUGCGUUCUUCACUUCAGAAGAAAUUUAAUUCGGGGUGGAUUUAGUUCCUGCAGAACCUUUCUCUGCUGAAAUUGAGGCUUUUGGGGUGCGUCAGUCACUGGAGCCGUCUCAGGGACAAUGCAAAUAGAAUAUGGAUCCGUAAAAUAAAUAGUAGCCUUCAUAAUGUUGUAUUUUUCAGUUAUGAUCUCAGCAACACAAGAUCUUCCCUACUGAUCUGAUUACCUGUAAAAUUCCUAGUCUUUAAUGUCUCUAAGUGUGCAGAACUUCUACACCUACUAUCAUGGAAUUAAGUGACCUUAUAGUGUUUAUAUACAGAGGCUGCUUAGCUGAUAUUGAAAUGCUGUUGAUUUCUUCCUACUCUAUAUUACUGUGUGACCCAAGAUCCAAGGUCCCAGCUUCUUUAUCUGAAACAAGUCAAUGAUGAGUUGUACCUGUCACACUCACCUUAGUCUGUGAGCAAGAUACUGUGAGCAAACCAUGCAGGAUGGGAAAGCAGAAAUAAAGAGCAAGAGGUGAGUUGAUUGUAGUCAGUAAUGGUUUAACACAUGGACUCAUUAAAGUUUUAUAAAAACAGGCACUGACAUGACUGCAUGAGGGAGCAGAGAGGAGGAAGGCAGAAGCUCAGCAAGAUGGAGGAUCAGCCUGUUCCAAGGAGCCAUGGAAGUUAACACUUUCCCACCUCAGACUUGCUUGGCUAGUACAACACACUGGUGACCAUGCCAGGGCUAGUGGGGAUAUUAAUGCUUAAGCUAAUAGCAUGCUAGUCCCAACUCAUACCUUGUGUAUCAGCAAUAAAUAAGACAAUUAUAGUGAACUCA